AUGAAUAGAGUUAACGAAUCCUUUCAAAUAACGUACAAUAAUUACAAGCAAUCCCUGGAGGAACUUCAAAGUAAGAUUAUCGAGCUAGGUCAUGACUUGGAAGAACAUGAUGUGGUGAUUGAUACUUUGUCAAAGACUGACGACAAUAGAAAAUGUUACCGUAUGGUAGGUGGUGCACUUGUGGAGAGUAAUGUAGUGACUACUCAACCUAUUCUGGUUGUGAAGAGAGAUAAUUUGCAUGAAACUAUUGGUAAAUUAAAGGCUGAAUUGGUGAAGACAGCGUCUGCGUUUGAGCAAUGGAAAAAGGAUAACAAGAUCCAAGUGGUGAAGCAAUAG